AUGGAGGGCUCCAUCUGGGCAAGAUCAACAGGUAUUUCGUCGAGCGUUAUUCCUUCAACCCAGACUGCACGGUCAUUCCGUCGACGGGAGACAACCCGUCCACCAUCCUCGCUCUCCCCCUUAAGCCGUCGGAUGCGAUGGUGUCGCUUGGUACCUCGACUACCUUCCUCAUGUCUACUCCGAACUACAAACCAGACCCGGCCACCCACUUUUUCAACCACCCGACGACUCCGGGACUGUACAUGUUCAUGCUCUGCUACAAGAACGGAGGGCUGGCUCGGGAGCAGGUGCGCGAUGCGAUCAAUGAAAAGGUGGGCAAGGACGCAUCGGCGGGACCGUGGGCCAACUUCGACAAGGCCACGCUCGAAACACCGGCCAUGGGUCAGAAGACGGAAUCCGAUCCGAUGAAGAUGGGUCUUUUCUUUCCACGACCGGAAAUCGUGCCCAACGUUCGCGCAGGGCAAUGGCGGUUCAACUACAACCCCAAGGAUCAGAGCUUAACCGAGACCGACGCCGGCUGGGAUCGGCCGUGGGAUGAAGCGCGCGCCAUUGUCGAGAGUCAGAUGCUGUCCCUUCGUCUCCGAUCGCGAGGGCUCACGCAAAGCCCUGCAGAAGGCAUUCCACCUCAGCCGAGGCGGGUGUAUCUUGUCGGGGGAGGAUCGAGAAACAGAGCCAUCGCCAAGGUCGCCGGGGAGAUCCUGGGCGGUUACGACGGAGUGUACAAGCUCGAUGUCGGGGAAAAUGCGUGCGCCUUAGGAGCGGCCUAUAAGGCAGUGUGGGCCAUCGAGCGACAGCCCGGCCAGACCUUUGAAGACCUAAUCGGGAGACGAUGGAAAGAGGAGGAGUUCAUCGAGAAAAUCGCAGACGGUUACCAGAAGGGUGUUUUUGAAAAAUACGGCGUUGCCGUGGAAGGCUUUGAGCGGAUGGAGCAGCAGGUCCUGCAGCAGGAAUCGAGCAAACUAGGGAAAACAGACCACAAGUAA